AUUGGUUAAACAGAAAUGCAUGAUUAGUUGGCAAACAGGCCUCGCAUUGAGUUAAAUACAAUCGGCGGGCGGACGGGUAGAGGAGAGAGAGCUGCAUUCCGGACGGCAUCGGAUAAACCGGAGGGCAAGGGCAACUGCAGGCAACGCAAAUUUCUGGAAGAUUUUUUAACCUAAACCGCCACAACGCGCCAUUGGGGGUGAUGGUAUUGUACAGCAUUAGAUGCUCGCACGGCUGGAGUUUCUUUAGAGCCGUCAAGCCCACCCCCCUUUCUCUCAGAACGAGUAUCCACAAGCCCCGCCUCUGCUCUAACAUGCCAAUACAAAACGUUUAUGGAGGCUCAGUUCAUCGAGUUUAUGAUGCAUUGCUGUUGGAUGCUGGAGGAACGUUAUUGCAGUUGGCAAAGCCAGUUGAAGAGACUUACGCAUCCAUUGGAUCCAAAUAUGGUCUAGUAAGCACUCCUGCUGAUAUAAAGCAAGGAUUUAAGAGGGCAUUUUCUGGUCCAUGGCCUCAAAAGCUUCGUUACCAGGGAGAUGGAAGGCCAUUUUGGAAACUUGUCGUUUCAGAAGCCACUGGUUGUGCUGAUGAUAGUUACUUCGAAGAUGUCUACCAGUACUAUGCAAAUGGUGACGCCUGGCAUCUUCCACCUGGAGCUUAUGCAGCCCUGACCGUUUUGAAAGAUGCUGGAGUAAAGGUGGCUGUUGUGUCCAACUUUGACACUCGCUUAAGGAAGCUGUUGAAGGAUCUAAAUGUGUUAGAUAUGUUUGAUGCUGUCAUAAUUUCGGCAGAAGUUGGUUAUGAAAAACCAGAUGGACAAAUAUUUGAAGCUGCGUUAGAUGAACUCGGAGUGGCAGCGAACAAAGCAGUACAUGUUGGAGAUGAUCAGAAGGCAGACAAGGAGGGGGCAAAUGGUGUCGGAAUAGCUUGCUGGCUAUGGGGAAAAGAUGUGACGACCUUCCAGGACGUUCAAAACCGAAUCCUCAUUUGUUCUUGAAAUGAGGAAAUGGGUAUGAAUCUUGGCUGGUUUCUUUGGAACUCUUUAUACUUGUUUGCAUCAAGCUUAGGUUAAACUAGAAUUCCAAGUACUAUAAUCGGGUAACAUUUGUUCGUGAAACCUCUAUUCAUAGAGUAUACUAAAUUGUCCUAAAUCAUUGGUUUAAAAUUAGUUAUUAGUUAGAUAUUUAACCUUUUAUGGAAGAUAAUACUAAAAAAUAUUGUUAAGCAA